AUGCAGCUGACGGCUGUCCUGGUUGAUGUGGACAUUCUCCGGGCUGACCUACGAGAUGCACGACUCCGUUCCCAAUGUCUGAAACUGAAGAACCAACAUCUUCAGAGACAAGCCAGACAACUCUCGGAGGAGAAAGUCUCCUUCAGGGAGCAUGUGGAUCGCUUGGUGAAAGAGGUGGACAUGUUGAGAGUUGAAAGACUGUGUGUACAUUCAGGAGAGGGAGAGGGUGUUGGACUUGUUCAGAGCUAUCUACAGCAGCAUUGCAGUACGCUCUUCAUUUAUCGAGAUUAUCGAAGCAUUAUGCAAGCCACAAGACGUCUGACCGUGUCCGAGUGCGAGGGCUUUGAUUCCGAGGUGGCGGAGUGUUUUUCACGUACAGAACCGACAGAGUUUCGUGAUUCGGUUCCCAAACACGUCACAAUAAAACCAAGACCAGUCGCAAAGCGUCCGACCGUGUCCGAGUGUGAGGGGUUUGAUUCCGAGGUGGCGGAGUGUUUUGCACGUACAGAACCGAUAGAGUUCCACGAUUUGGUUCCCAAACACGUCACAAUAAAACCAAGACCUAUUCGCCCCGAGCCACCAUUCCAAUGGGAUUGUAGUAAAAAGGACAAACAACUUGGCAAAGAGCUCGACCUCCACAUGCAGCUGACGGCUGCCCUGGUUGAGGUGGACAUUCUCCGGGCUGACCUACGAGAUGCACGGCUCCGUUCCCAAUGUCUGAAACUGAAGAAUCAACAUCUUCGGAGACAAGCCAGACAACUCUCGGAGGAGAAAGUCUCCCUCAGGAAGAAGGUGGAUCGCUUGGUGAAGGAGGUGGACAUGUUAAGUGUUGAAAGACUACGUGUACAUUCAGGAGAGGGAGAGGGUGUUGGACUUGUUCAGAGGUCAGGGGCUACACGGACCACGUGCUUUGACCACAUUGUCCAAUCAAAGAAUGACAUACCUCGUGAACAAGGCAAUAGGUCAACAAGACAUCAUGAACUCUCUCAAAGUAGUCUGUCAUCAAAGAAACAUAUGUCACCAAGCACAACCAAUUUGAUCGAAACUUAUAAUCAGAAACAAAAUGUACAAAAGUCAAAAUCUUUCUUUCGUCGCUUUACGAAUCUGUUCAGAAGAAACAAAUGUUAAUGUAAUUCAAUGUUCAUUUUUUUAAUCAAAUAACAGU